UUGGCAUAUACAUGGAUGUGAUUCAAGAACUCCAAAAGGGGCUAGCCGGAGGGGCAAGGGGCAUCGGACGCAAGACCGGAAGGUGAUAUUAAAAGAGCCAGGCAGGAUAUGGCUUCACUCUCUUCUGGCGCCGCAGCUCAACACACCAUCCCCCUCUUUUCUCCUGCGCCUUGUUCAUACUUUUUGUUCAUGCUUCUUGUUCAUGUCGUUACUCUGACUUGGCGACCCAUCUCGCACAGCACCAGGCGCAGCCAUGGCUCCUUCGGCCUCGGUGCUGUCCUCACUCGUCACGCUAGUCACCCUCUUCGGGUGCGGCGUGCAGGCACAGUACCUACAGGAUAUCGAAAUUCAAGGCUCCGUAGGCCCCAACGGGGUUCAGAUCCAGAAGCCUUUCUACCGCGCAAAUGUCAUCAAUGCGGCGCCUCAACAGGUCAUCGAUCUUUCGCCCGAGCUUGUUGUGCUCGAGUACAACUGCCGCUACAUGCCCAACAUAUGCAAGAAUGCCGACAACUGGUUUGAGACGCCGAGAGGAAAGGAGCACAAGCGCAAGUACGGAAUGCGCUUUGCCUUCGAUCGCAACACUGGCAAGAAGGGUCGAAAAGAACGGCGACGCGACCACAGCUGCAGAAACUUUGUGAAUACGGACACCUGCCCACACUCCAACUCGGCCAUCGUCAUGAGACAGGACGGGCCGUGGCGGUUCAAGGACCUGGAGCCGGGCACCAAGAUCAAUGAGAUCAGAGCCGACACGGACCCAGCCGGCAACCGGCUGCCCUCAUUCGUGCGCUACACGUGCGAUGAGUUCCCACCCGCGACCUUCAUUGAAGGCGGCGACGGCAUUGCUGGGAAUGCUGACGACAAAAGCCAGAAACGUUGCGCUGUCUCCCGGUGCGCUCCCAAGGGCAAGAACAUCAAGGCCGAGCAGGACUGGCAGGGAACGUCUCAUAACAACCUACGCAUCGUUCUCGAUUUAGUUACAAGCAAGCGCAGGGCGGAAUUCCCCUGGUACAGCUCCCGCGUUCGCGACGGGAUAAUAUUCUUCGAGCUCAGAUACGACAACUCGCGCCCCGGUCCCAGCAACUCCCAGGCGGCCAAGGUCAUCCACUACGCGGGCAACAACGCCGCACCGGUGGAGAGGAUCGUCUCGCAGGCCAAGCGCGACCUGGCCGCCGAGAGGGCCAACGGCACCAUCUCCCAGGAGCAGCUGGAUAACGAGGCCUUUUGGAGGUGGGCAAACAAUGUCACGGUCAAGGAGCUGCUGGAUCUGGGGCCUGAGCAUGUCAGCGAGAGGAUCAUCGUGGCCGACCACAUCGAGUCCUCCCCCAUGGACAUGGAGUUUCCCGACUUCGCAAUGAGCCUGCCCUGGAUGGACGCCAACCCCCACGCGGCCGACGGCGUCGAGACGCCCGACGCUGUCUCCGGUCCGCCCCGCGCGGACCCCAACAAGCUCAAGAGGCGCCAGGAGGCCCUCGCGCAGGAGGGCGGCGGCAACAGCACCGUCCCCGGCGCCGUGGGCUCGACCCCGCUGCUGCGCAACGCCACCUCGGCGGACCUCGAGCGGGCGCGGAAGCUCGUCGAGGAGGCCCUGCAGAGGUCGGCCGAGCUCAACGCCGCACGUCUGGCGAGCCCGGCCCGCAACAGCUACAAGCUCAAGCCCGGCACCGUUGUUGGGGGCGCGCCGCUGGGGCGGCGCGGGCUCGAGCUGCGGGCGGACCAGGUUGGGGCCGACGAGGCGCCGCCGCCGCUCCUGGACAUCACGGACGAGAUCGCCGCCGCGGCCGCGCUCGUCUCCGAGGCCGACGCAGUAGAGUCCGGGCUGCCGGGCAACCAGUCUUAUGCUCAGCACGCCCGGCGCCAGAUGCAGACGACGGCCUCUGGGACGUUCUGGAUGGAGAGCAUUGCCCGCAGGGGCACUGUGCCCUUUGGCGACGACCCAGACUACAAGGUCUUCCGCAACGUACUCGACUACGGCGCCAAGGGCGACGGCGUUGCCGACGAUACCAAGGCCAUCAAGGAGGCUAUGAACUCGGGCAAGCGGUGCGGCGCAAAGUGCAACGGCUCCACGACCAAGAACGCCAUCGUUUAUUUCCCGCCGGGAACCUAUCGCAUCUCCUCAACCAUCUCCAUGCCAUUCGGCACCCAGGUCAUCGGUGACGCCAACAACUGGCCUACGCUCUUGGCUACCCGCAACUUCAUUGGCCUCGGCGUGCUGGCGGCCAACAUGUACACCGGCGGCGGCAAAGGCAUCGACGGGCUCGACCAGCAGUGGUACGUCAACACGGCCAACUUUUUCCGGCAGAUCCGCAACAUCAAGAUCGACAUCACGCAAACCAGGCCCGCGUCGUCGGCCGCCGGCUUGCACUACCAGAUCGCACAGGCUACCAGCCUGCAGAACGUCGAGAUCAUCGCGCUCCCGGGCUCGACGCAGCGCGGCAUCUUCGCCGAGAACGGGAGUGGCGGCGUCAUUGCCGACGUGACCUUCAGGGGCGGCAAGUUCGGCCUUUUCGGCGGCGAGCAGCAGUUCACUGCCCAGCGGCUCAAGUUCAUUGGAUGCGAUACCGGUGUGCAGGUCAUCUGGGACUGGGGCUGGGUCUGGAAGUCCAUCACCAUGACCGACGUCGGCGUCGGGUUCCGGCUGCUGCCCGAGUCAAAGUCGACGGCCAAGAGGCAGGACAAGCCGUCCAACGGCAACGUCGGAUCGGCCUCCUUUCUCGACUCGACAUUCACCAACGUACAGACCGCGAUCCUCAUUGCCCCUCCCAACAAGAAUCCCGGCACAGGCAGCACCGGGAUCGUGGUCGAAAACGUCAAGUUCGAGGGCGUGUCCAAGGCCGUGGCCGACACAAGCGGCGCCACGCUCCUCGCCGCCUCUGGCACCGUCACACACUGGGCUCUGGGUCCGGUCUACCAGGAAAAAGGCCCCGAUUUCUCCAUGGGUGCCAAGGUCGGCAGCUUCCGCCGCCAGCAAGACCUGCUGGACAAGAACGGCGCCUACUUUGAGCGCGCCAAGCCGCAGUACGAGGGGCGGCCGGUCGGCGACUUUGUGCACGUCAAAGACUUUGGCGCCCGCGGCGACGGCGUCACGGACGACACCGCGGCGUUCCAGAACGCUCUGUACGCGAGCCAGGGCAGCAUCCUCUUCGUCGAUGCCGGAUCCUACAUCAUCACGGGCACCAUCAUCGUGCCUAUUGGCUCCAAGGUGGUUGGCGAAACGUGGUCUCAACUGGUCGCUUCGGGCCCGUACUUCUCCAACGCCGACGACCCCAAGGUCAUGGUUGCAGUGGGCCAGGAGGGUAACGUCGGCGACGUCGAGAUGCAGGACAUCAUCUUUACGAACCGCGGCCCCACGGCAGGCUUGAUUCUGGUCCAAUGGAACGUCCGCGCUUCAGGCCCCGGGUCGGCCGGGCUGUGGGACUGCCACGUCCGUAUCGGCGGCUCGACGGGCACAGAGCUGACGCCGGCCGAAUGCCCGGCUUUGUCCAGCGGCGUCGCGCCGGGCUGCAACGCGGCCAGCUUGAUGAUGCACAUCACGAAGCGCGCGUCGGGCUAUUUCGAGAACAUGUGGCUUUGGGUGGCAGACCACAUGAUCGACGACCCCGACCUCAACGACGCCAACAACACCAUGGCCAUGAACUCCAUCUACGUCGCCCGCGGCCUGCUUGUCGAAAGCGUCAACCCCACGUGGCUGUACGGCACUUCCUCCGAGCACGCCGUCUACUACCAGUACAACUUUCACAAGGCCGAGAACAUUUUUGCCGGCAUCAUCCAGACGGAGAGCCCUUACUAUCAGCCCACGCCCAACCCGCCCGCGCCUUUCGAGUCCGCCGUUGGCAAGCUCGCCGGCGACCCGGACUACAGCUGCAAAGCUGGCGACGAGUUCAGCGGCUGCGACGAGUCGUGGGCCGUCAUUAUGCGCGAGUGUGCCAACAUUUUCGUCGCCGGGGCGGGCCUGUAUUCGUGGUUUUCAACCUACUCCCAGGAUUGUAUCAGCAAGCACGAGUGCCAAAAGGUGCUGAUGCUGCUCGAGGACAACCACGCCGGCGUGCGGUUCCACAACCUCAUCACCAUUGGCGCAAAGUACAUGGCCGUCAUGGACGGCAAGGGCAUCAAGGCCCUCGACUACCUCAACGUCGAAUCGCACCCGCGCUGGUCCCAGAUGACGGUCCUUGACGUUGCCAACGAUGGCGCCAAGGCCGAGAUGCUCUGGGUCGACCCCAAGAUCUGGGACAUGGAACAGCCUUCCUUCACGUGCAACCCGCCGUGCCUGGUCAACAUCCCGCCCUGGACCAAGGCCACUCGGACCGUUAAUUACCCGCUCAUCACCGUCAGCAGCGACGACUGGUCGACCACUAUCACGCGCUCUCCCGUGACCAUCACGCAGGUUCACUUUGAGGCCGUCACCCUCAAGGCGGGCGGCGGCAGCAAGCGCGGGAAGCGAGCCGCGCAGGCCUUUGAACCUUUCUGGCCCAAGCCGGCCACGACCCCGAGCUGGCCCGAGGUGACCUACACGGACCGAGACGGCAACGUGGCCACAACGGCCCCCACCAUACCCUUCCCCGAGCCCCCGCAGACCAUCGGCCCGGACGCGCCCGCGCCCACCGCGGGCGGCUCCUGGCCCAGGCGGUGGAUCAUACCGGUCGACGGGCAGGACGAGCACCCGAUGGUGGGCAACUGCGCCUGGGACGGGUCCUUCAGCCCCAACUGCAUCAACGGCGGCUGGCCAGACAUUGAGGAGAUGAAGCCCGACCCCGAGGACCCCGGCGACGUGGGCGAUGAGGACGCCGCCGUCGUCUGCCCGGAUCACACGACCAAGCCCCCGAUCCACGAGGUCACGAGCACCGAGAGCUCGAGCUCGAGCUCGACGGCGCCGCCGCCGCCGCCGCCCGAGCCCACGCUCUCGCGCGGGAUACCGGGUGCGAACAAAAGGCCGUUCUGCCACAACGGCGGCCAGGCGGCGACGAACGCGCAGCUGCGCGCCGCGGCCCGCAGCUUCUGCCGCGACCUGGGCGCCGAGGGGCGGCCCCUCCGCAACCUCCUCGCCCCCUUUGGCUCCUCGGGCAACCGCUGGACGAUCGGCAGGACCUACAACCCGUCGAGCAGCGGCAGCUGGCCCAUCUCGAUCGACGCGUCGCUCAGCAUCCUGCCCGGAUGCCAGUUCGUCGUCAACUACGACCGCUGCGAGAAGUACCUGAGCGUCCCCGUCAACAGCUGCAACUGUGAGGGCGAGAACGGGAAGAAGGGCGGGACGAUUGGGAACAGGUGCUACGAGUGGAGCAUCGAUCCCAACCUAUAAGGUAUCAUGGGAAAUGCCAGGGGUCGUGUCUGAACCAAAUGGUGUCUGCUGGAGCCAGAAGUUGAGGCCGUGCAGGCGGCACUCGAUCUCUGGAACCCCACGGGAUACAUGUAUUUAACUAGAUAGCUAUUGCCAACCGGUUAGCCACAGUCUUCACUCUACCUGUCAAGCAAGACACGAAGCUUUCGCCACCCAUUGGGGCACGGCGACUGCUAGUAGGC